AUGGACGAAACUCAAUUGUUAUGGUAAGUUUUCAUAAAAAUUAUGUUGCUACUUUAAUAAAGGACUUACACCAAAAAGUUAAUUGUUUUGAAGCUGGGAGAAUUUCUCAGUGUAUUGACGAAUGGAGAAAGAUUACAUCUGUCCCAGAAAUUUUAGAUAUGGUCAAUGGUUAUACCAUUUAAUUAAUAGAGGGACACCCUCCUCAUAAUAAUCGGUUAAAAUAUGAAUUUAGUUCGUUUGAUAAAGAGGUUAUUGAGCUUGAAAUAUCUAAGCCAUCAUGCCAUGAAAAGCGCGAGGUUAUAUCACCAAUUUUUGAGUGCCACAAAAAAGUAAUUUAAAUUUAAAGGGUCUUAACACUUAUGUGGAAUAUCAUCAUUUCAAAAUGGAUACUUUGUGGUCAGUCAUUAAAUUAAUGACACCAAACUGCUUUAUGGCAUCUGUAGACCUAAAGGAUGCCUAUUACUCAGUACCGGUAUCACCGGCCAGUCAGAAAUUAUUGACAUUUAUUCGGCAGAGACAAUUGUACCAAUACACUUGCCUCCCCAAUGGCCUUUCUAGCUGUCCUCGAAAGUUUACAAAGCUACUUAAACCUGUUUAUACAGUUUUGCGGAAAAGAAGUCAUGUUUCUCCAGGCUAUAUCGAUGAUGCCUACUUGCAGGGCGAUACAAAUGAUGAUUGUGCUUGUAAUGUGGUGGAUACAGUUGACCUGUUCUCCACCCUGGGGUUGGUUAUACACCCAGAUAAAUCUGUGUUUGAACAAACACAAAUUUUAGAGUUUGGGGGUUCCUACCCAACCCUAUUCUUAUGAGAAUAACUCUAAUAUUACAGAAAGUAGAAAAAAUUAUAAGGGCAUGUACCUUACUUCUAAACAAAAGCAGUAGGGUUUCUAUUCGCGAGGUUUCUCGUGUAAUUGGGCUUUUGGUAUCCAGUUUUCCUGGAGUUAUGUUUGGCCCUUUGUAUUAUAGGGCGUUGGAACAUGAUAAGAUCAUAGCCCUUAAAUUAUGUAGAGGUAAUUACGAUAGUUAUAUGAGGUUAUCACCUGGUGCUACUGAAGACCUUCACUGGUGGAUAGCAUCACUCCCUACUGCCGACAAUGAGGUCAGUCAUGCAUCACCAGAUAUUGUGAUAAAUACAGAUGCUUCUUUGUCAGGUUGGGGGGGGGGGGAGUGUUGAAUGACCUCACUUGUGGAAGUCACUGGUCUCUAGUAGAACAGACUUUUCAUAUAAAUUAUUUAGAAUUGCUUGCUGUUCUCUAUGUAUUGCAAUCCUUUCAGGCCCAUUUGGAGCAUGAACAUGCAAGGGCUCUUAUUUAUAAUACCACAGCUGUAGCUUGUAUUACACAUAUGAGUACUAGCCACUCUGAUUUAUGCAAUGAAAUUAAUAAUACCACUUGGGAAUGGUGUAUUGCUAAGCAUAUUUGGAUAUCAACUGCCCAUAUACCCGGCAUUGAAAACGUCGCAGCUGAGAAAGAGUCACGUAAAUUACGUGAUGAAAUUAACUGAGUGGAUGCUUAACCGCCAAAUCUUCAAUAGAGUACUUGAGAUUCUGCACUUAACACCAGAUAUUGAUUUAUUUGCCUCAGGGCUUAACCACCAAGUUGAAAGAUAUGUCUCAUAUCAACCAGACCCUCAGGCGGUUGCUGUAGAUGCCUCUUUAUUUAAUUGGAAAGACUAUGAUGUAUUCUAUAUCUUUCCACCUUUUAGUUUAAUCACUCAAGUACUUCAAAAAAUCCAGAGCCAACAGGCAACCGGUUUAUUGAUUUUUCGGAUUGGCCAACCCAAAUUUGGUAUCCCAAUUUAAUGCGAAUGUUGAUCAAUUAUCCACUGUUGAUACCCCCACAAGAAAAGUUGCUUCUUCUCCCUUACAACCCAGCGAAGGUAGAUCAACUUCACCAAACAAUGUGGCUGUUGGCAUGUCAUUUGUCAGGAGAUGUCUCAAAGACGAAGGUAUUCCAGAGUCAGCUUCCAACUAUAUCCUCAAUUCAUGGAGAACAUCUACGCAAAAGCAGUAUAGCACCUACCUCAGACAAUGGGAGGUUUUCGUGAUACACGAGGGAUUAAUCCAAUUUCACCUCCUCUCGAAAUUGCCUUAGAAUUUUUAGCACGACUGGCAGAUCGCGGUCUUGGUUACAGUGUAGUUAACACCGCUCGCAGUGCCCUAUCAGCGGUACUGGUAUUACCUAAUGCAACUGUUUUUGGACAACAUCCUCAUGUUAAAAGGCUAUUGAAGGGUGUAUUUGAAACUAAACCAGCUCUUCCUCGCUAUAUCUAUAUUUGGGACGUUGAAAUUGUGCUCAAGAGGCUGUAUCCGUAAAAACUUCCAGGUCAAUAUGGGGCUCAAAAAUAGAUUUCUCUCAUACUCUAGUAUUUUGAAGAUCUAUCCUUGGGAACAACUAAAAUCGAUGUCAUUUUACUCAAAUUUCCUUUAACUUAUUUUUGGGGGCGAUUGAUGUUCGAUCGACUUAUAACCAACUUGAUACUCCGAAUGAAGACCAAAUAUCGACAUAUUUUCAGCGCUAUUUUUUAAAUCAAAUUCAUACCUAAAUUUCAAAAUUUUUGCUCAGAAAUAGACUUAUCCUUCUAUUUUCGCGGGUGAUAUUACUUAGAUCAUUAUUCUUUGGUAUAAAAUAGAAAACAGCGCAGUUAUUGACCCUCCUAAACGGAUAAAGGAUAUCGUCUCAAAAUAUAUCAAAUUCGAAAGCUUAUUUCAAAAUCGUGGCACUUGAUUGGCACGUGACUUUAACUUUUCUAUAAACUACUAACAUUAGUCAACACAAAUCGCCAAUAAUAUCUUUCUGAUCUACCAUUUGACAAAAAUGACAAGCGCGCAAACUUUGUAAAAUUUGAAAAUGUGUCAAAAUCGAGCAUACUUUAUCGGUAAACAUAAUUAUUGAUAUUAACAGAUAAAAUCACCUUAGGACAAGGUACCUGGCGAUGAGGACAAGGUACCUGGCGAUGAGAACAAGGUGCUGGCGGUGUCGACAAGGUUCCUGUCGGUGAGGACAAGGUUCUUAACAGUGAGGACAAGGUUACUGGUGGUGAGGACAAGGUACCAGGGGGUGAGGACAAGGUUCCUCCUGGUGAUCACAAGGUUCCUACCGGUGAGGACAAAGUUACGGUCGGUGAGCACAAGGUUCCCGCCGGUGAGGACGAAGUUACUGGCGGUGAGGACAAAGUUCCUGGUGGUGAGAAUAAGGUUCCUGGCGGUGUGCACAAUGUUUCUGCCGGUGAGGGCGAAGUUACUGGCGGUGAGGACAAGGUACCUGGCAGUGAAGACAAGGUUCGUUCCGGUGAGGACAAGGUUGCUGCCCGAUUAGGACAACGUUCCUCCGGUGAGGACAAUGUUACUGGCGGAAAGGACCAGGUAACCGCCGGUAAGGACAAGCUUACUGGCGAUGAAGAAAAGUUUCCUGGCAGUGAGGACAAGGUUCCAGGGGAUUAAAAAAAGUUUCCUGGCGGUGAGUACAAGGUUCCUGGCGGCGAGGACAAGGACUCUGGGAGGAGGACAAGGUAAUUUCCGGUGACGACAAAGGUUCCAGGAGGUGAGGAUAAGGUUACUGGCGGUGAGAACAAGGUUCCUGGCGGUGAGGACAAGGUUCCUGGCGGUCAGGACAAGGUUCCUGGCGGUCAGGACAAGGUUCCUGGCGGUGAGGACAAGGUUAUUUCCGGUGACGACAAGGUUCCAGGCGCUGAGGACAAGGUUACUGGCGGCGAGAACAAGGUUCCUGGCGGUGAGGACGAGGUUCCUGGCGGUGAGGUCAAAUUAGUGGCGGUGAGGAGAAGGUACCUCGCGGUGAGGAAAAGGUGUACACCGGUGAGGACAGGUUCCUACCGGCGAGGACAAGGCUACUGGCGGUGAGGACAGGGUACUGGCGGUAAGGACAAGGUUCCUGGCGGUGAGGACAAGGUUCCUGGCGGUGAGGACAAGCUUCCUCUCGGUGAGGACAAGGUUCCUGCCGGCGAUGACAAGGUUACUGACGGUGAGGACAAGGUUGCUGGCGGUGAGGACAAGGUUCCUGGCGGAGAGGACAAGGUUCCUGGCGUGAGAGCAAGGUUACUGGCGGUGAGGACAAUGUUUCUCGGGGUGAGGACAAGUUUCUUGGCGGUGAGGACAAGGUUACUGGCGUGAGAGCAAGGUUACUGGCGGUGAGGACAAUGUUCCUCGGGGUAAGGACAAGUUUCUUGGCGGUGAGGACAAGGUUACUGGCGGUGAGGUCAAGUUACUGGCGAUGAGGACAAGGUACCUGGUGGUGAGGAAAAGGUUCCUACCGGUGAGGACAAGGUUCCUACCGGCGAGGACAAGGUAACUGGCUGUGAGGACAGGAUUGCCGCAGAUGGGAACAAGGUUUCUGACGGAGAAAAGAUUCCUGGCGGUGAGGAAAAGGUUCCUGGCGGUGAGCCCAAGGUUUCUGCCGGUUAGCACAAGGUACGUGUAGGUGAGAACAAGGUAACUGGUGGUGAGGAAAAAAUUCCUACCGGUGAGGACAAGUUUCCAAGCGGUGAGGGUAAGGUUCGUGCCGGUGAGGACAAUGUAACUAUUGGUGAGGACAAGGUUACUGGAGGUGAGGAAAAGGUUCCUGUCGUUGGGAACAAGGUUCCCGCAGGUGAGGACAAGGUUACUGGCGGUGGCAACAAGGUUCCUGCUGUUGGGGACAAGGUUCCUUGCGGUGAGGACAAGGUUACUGGCGGUGAGGAUAAGGUUCCUGCCGGUGAGGACAAGCUAACUAGUCGUGAGGACAAGGUUACUGGCGGUGAGGACAGGUACCAGGAGGUAAGGACAACGUUCCUACCGGUCAGGACAAGGUUCCUAACGGUAAGGACAAGGUUCCUGGCGGUGAGGACAAGGUUACAGGCGGUGGGAACAUGGUACCUGGCGGUGAGGAAAAGGUUCCUAACGGUGAUGACAAGGUUUCUACUGCUAAGAACAAGGUUACAGGCGGUGGGGCCAAGGUUUCUUCCGGUUAGCACAAGGUACCUGGCGGUGAGAACAAGGUAUCUGGCGGUAAGAACAAGCUUCCUACCGGUGAGGACAAGUUUACAGGCGCCGAGGAUAAGGUUCCUGCCGGUGAGGAAAAGGUAACUAGUGGUGAGGACAAGGUUACUGCUGGUAAGGACAAGGUACUGGCGGUGAGGACAACGUUCCUACCAGUGAAGACAAGGUUCCUACCGGUCCGGACAAGGUUGCUGGCGGUGAGGACAAGGUUCGUGGCGCUGGGGAGACGGUUCCCGCCGGUGAGGACAAGGCUACUGGAGGUGAGGACAACGUUCCUGACGUUGGGGACAAGGUUUCCGGCAGUGACGAGUAGGUUCCGUCCGUUGAGGACAAGGUUACUGGCGAAGAGGACAAGGUAUCUACCGGUGAGGACGAUGCUCCUACAGGUGAGGACAUCCUGACGAUGAGGCCAAGGUUCCUGGCGGUGCGGCCGAGCUUCCUGCCGGUUAGGACAAGGUACCUUGUGGUCAGGACAAGGUACCUGGCGGUGAGAAGAACGUGCAGGCGGUGAGGACGAGGAUCCUGCCGGUGAGGACAAUGUUCUUACCGGUGAGGACAAGGUUCCUGGCAGUGAGGACAGGGUUACAGGCGGUGAGAACAAUGUUCCUGGCGGUGAGGGCAAGGUUCCUGACGGUGACGACAAGGUUCCUCGAGGUGAGGACAAGGUUCCUGGCGUUGAGGACCAGGUUCCUUCCGGUGAGGACAAGAAUCCUGCCGGUGAGGACAAGAUUCCUGGCGGGGAGGACAAGGUUUCUGGCGAUGAGGACAAGCUACCUGGCGGUGAGGACAGUGUUUCUGGCGGUGAAGACAAGGUUCUUGCCGAUGAGGACAAAGUACCAGGCGGUGAAGACAAGGUUACUGCCGGUGACAACAAUGUUUCUGCUGUUGAGCACAAGGUUCCUGCCAGUGAGGGCCAGGUUCCUGCCGGUGAGGGCAAGGUUUCUGGUUCUGGUAGUGAGGACAAUGUUCGUGGCGGUGAGGACCAAGUUCCUGCCGGUGAGACCAAGGUUCCUGGCUGUGAGGACAAUGUUCAUGGCGGCGUGGACCAAGUUCCUGCCGGUGAGGACAAGGUUCCUGGCGGUGAGGACAAUGUUCCUGGCAAUGAGGACCAAGUACCUGCCGGUGAGGACAAGGUUCCUGGCUGUGAGGACAAGGUUCUUUGGUGAGGACAAGGUUCCUGGCGGUGAGGAGAAGUCUCCUGCCAGUAAGGACAAGGUUACUGGCGGUGUCAACAAGGUUUCUGACGUUGAGGAGAAGGUUCUUUCCGGUGAGGACAAGGUUCCUGUUGGUGAGGAGAGGGUUACUGGCUGUGAGAACUUGGUUCCUGUCGGUGAGGACAGGGUUACUGGCUGUCAGAACAAGGUUCCUGUCGGUGAGGACAGGGUUACUGGCUGUCAGAACAAGGUUCCUGUCGGUGAGGACAGGGUUACUGGCUGUGUGGACAAGGUUCAUGUCGGUGAGGACAGGGUUACUGGCUGUGAGAACAAGGUUCCUGGCCGUGAGGACAGGGUUACUGGCUGUGAGAACAAGGUUCCUGUCGGUGAGGACAAGGUUCCUGGCGGUAAAGACCAGGUUCCUUCCGGCGAGGACAAGGUUCCUACCGGUGAGCGCAAGGUUCCUGGCGGUGAGGACAGGCCUUCUGGCGGUGAGGACAAGGUUCCUGGUGAUGAGGACAAGGCUCCUGGCGGUGAGGACAAGGUACCUGGCCGUGAGGACAAGUUUCCUACCGGUGAGUAGAAGGUAUUUACCGGUGAGCACAAAGUUCCUACCGGUGAGGACAAGGUUACUGGCUGUAACGACGAGGUUCGCGGCGGUGAGGACGAGGUUACUGGCGGUGAGGUCAAGAUUCCUGGUAGUGAGGCCAAGGUUCCUGGCGGUGAGGCAGAGCUUCCUGCCGGUUGGGACAAGGUACCUGGCGGUCAGGACAAGGUACCUGGCGGUGAGAACAACGUGCUGGCGGUGAGGACAAGUUUCCUGCCGUGGAGGACAAGGUUCUUAUCGGUGAGGACAAGAUUCCUGGCAGUGAGGACAGGGCUACUGGCGGUGAGAACAAGGUUCAUGGCGGUGAGGGCAAGGUUCCUGGCGUUGAGAACAAGGUUCCUCGCGGUGAGGACAAGGUUCCUGGCGGUGAGGACAAGGUUACUGGCGGUGAGAACAAGGUACUUGACGAUAAGGAGAAGGUUACUGGCUGUGAGGACAAGGUACCUGGCGGUGAGGACAAGGUUCCUGGCUGUGUGGACAAGGUUAUUUACCGUGACAACAAGGUUCCUGGCGGUGAGAACAAGGUUACUGACGGUGAUAACAAGGUUCCUGGCGGUGAGGACAAGGUUCCUGGCGGUGAGGACAAUUAAGGCUCUUCGCGGUGGGUAAGGCUCUUCGCGGUGAAGCCAAGGUUCCUGGCGUUGAGAGCAAGGUUACUGGCGGUGAGGACAAGGCUCUUACCGGUGAGGCCAAGGUUCUUACCGGUGAGGACAAGGUUCCUGGCGGUCACAGCAGGGUUUCUGGCGGUGAGGACAAGGUUCCUGGCUGUGAGGAUAAGGUUCCUGGCGGUGAAGACAAGGUUCCACGCGGUGAGGACAAGGUUCCUGGCGUUGAGAGCAAAGUUAGGGACCGCUCAUUAUUUAUUGUACAGGGGGGGAUUGAGGAGAAACUGGGGGGGCCUUUAAAUUUUUCAAAACCUGAAAGGGGGGGCUUUGAAAAAUACAGAGAGACGAAAGAAGGGGGCUUUGAAAAUAUUUACCAGUUUGAAAAACAUUAGUAGUUUUAAAAAUGUAUCACAAAACAACUGAACAACAAAUAACAAUAUUUAUAGACUUUAAUAUUCAUAAAUGGAAGUCAAAUAAAAAGUCUCUCGUGUUCAUGUAAAUAGACAAUUCCCAUUAUAGACUAAUUUUAGAACUAGGCAAAGAGAUGCAAAUCAAGGCCGGAUUUGGGUGAAAAUAGUGGGGGAGGUGGACAAAAAUUUUAGGAGAG